AUGUCUGCAUCAGCAACAACAACGAACAAUGAUGCUUUUAACAAUUUUAUUCAAGAAAAUGAAGAACAAGAAAAGAUUCACAAAAAUCGAUUAGUUAAUCGUCGUUCAUCGUUUGUUCCACGUCAAAUAUCAUUAUCUCAACGACAAGCAACACCUGGCGAAAUAAUUCUUGUUCUUCUACCUUAUAUUAUAUUACUUAUUGAUAUAUUUAUUUUCUUUCUUAUACGUGGUUUUAAAUUAACUUGA